AUGAAUAAGAAACUCAAAAACAUAACCUUGACUACCUUUAAAAAACUUGCUGUGAUUGUUUUGGUCAUGGUAAUCUGUUUCCUCGACUUAUCUGCCGCUCCCCCUCCACAGAUGCAUGGAAAUGUAAACCAUGGAAACGCAAACCUUGAAAACGCACUCAAGGAGGACGGAACUUGGUGGUGCCCAAUGAAUUGUUUUUUCGGUGGUCGCUAUUUAUGUUCGGUUUGCUGGUGUCCUUUUGAAGGUCAAUGUUAUGAUAUAAUUGUAGGGCUAG